AUUUAUAUGCUUUUUGGUUUUGCAACUUAGUGGAUACAAUAACAAAUACCAACAGAAUGUAAUUUAACAACAAUAAAAGGAAAACAGAUUACUUUCUCUUUCUGAUCACCAAAUCACAAAAAAAAAAUCAGCAGUUCCCUUGUUAGAUUCGACUUUCGGAAAUAUAGCGUAAACAAAAAUAGAAUUUCCCGCAUAACAUUUGAGCAUCUUUAUAGUAAAGUCAAGACGAUUAGAUUCGCCUUGAGUAAAGUGGUAUCAAUAAAAAAAAUACAGGUUUUUAAAAGACAUGGCAUUGAGUGCAUCUGGAAAGAAAUCGUUUGUUUUACUUGGUUCAUUCGUUCCGCGGACUUUUAUCCCUAAAGUGCAGCGCAAUAUGAGCAGUACAAUUCUCCACAAAAGUGGUGGCGAUUUGAAAUAUCACACUUUACAUGUGACUACUCCUAAGCCGUUUGUUUAUCAUGUUGAGCUUAAUCGUCCAAAAAACCUUAACACCUUUAAUAAAGAUAUGUGGUUGGAAAUUGAGCAGUGCUUUGAGAAUCUUAGCGCUUCUCCCGAAUGCCGUGUUAUUGUUCUCUCAGCAAUCGGAAAACACUUCACUGGUGGACUUGAUUUGGCUGAUGCGAUGAAAUUCGGUCAAGAGUUGGGUGCAGUCGAGGAUGUGGCUCGGAAAGCUGUUUUGCUAGAGCAUAUAAUCAAGCUAUAUCAAAAUUCGAUUUCCUCCUUGGAAGUAUGCCCUAAACCUGUUAUAACGGCCAUACAUUCGGCCUGCAUUGGCGCCGGUGUUGAUCUUAUAACAGCUGCUGAUAUACGUUAUUGCAGUGAAAAUGCAUUUUUCUGUGUGAAAGAAGUUGAUAUCGGUAUGGCUGCAGACGUGGGAGUUUUACAGCGUUUACCAAAAGUUGUUGGCAGCGAAUCGUUAGCCCGAGAACUUUGCUUCACCGCACGCCGCUUUGGUGCUGCAGAAGCGCAUAGCUUCGGUUUAGUAAGCAAAGUUUUCCCAACCAAAGAAGCGUGUGUAGAGGGUGCCUUAGAAUUGGCAGCCACUAUUGCUGAGAAGAGUCCUGUGGCAGUACAGGCUACUAAGAGGAACAUAGUUUACUCCCAAUCUAGACCGAAUCAGGAUGGAUUGGAUCAUAUUCGACAAAUGAAUACCAUAAAUAUGCAAUCUGAAGACUUCGCCAAAGCAGCGGUAUCUUCGUUGACCAAGGAACAACCAACUUUCUCAAAAUUGUGAAACCAAUACGUCUUUUUUUUCAUAUUAAUAAGAAUAAAUUUUGUAAUAUUACUUA